AGCUAAGCAAUUUGGCAGGACAUGAACGGUUAAACCUAUUUGUUGCCCAAUUCAAUUCCUCUCCCCAACUAAUUUUCUUCAAAGAAGAUGGUUAACUUGCUUGUUUCCAUUGUUAUUAUACUCAGCUUAUUGGUAGCAGGAUCCCUAAAAUUUGCAUUCGCCUUGGGCAACGAAACUGACAGAAUAUCUUUGCUUUCUAUAAAGGAUCAACUUGUUGGUGCAGGAGCUCUCGAUUCAUGGAAUGCUUCUCUCCACUUCUGUGAGUGGAAAGGUGUUACAUGUGGUCGUCGCCACCAGAGGGUCACUGCUUUGGACUUGGAUUGUUUGAAAUUAGCUGGAUCCUUGUCUCCUUCGAUUGGCAAUUUAACCUUCCUCAGAGAACUUAAUCUCUCUGACAAUAGCUUGAGAGGUAACAUACCCAAGGAAGUUGGCUACCUAAGGCGGUUGCGUGUUCUUCAUCUGUUUCAAAACAAUCUCCAUGGAAAAGUCCCUGUAGAGCUUGCCAAUUGCUCAAAACUCCAAGCGAUUGCUUUAUUGCAUAAUAACCUCACUGGUGAAGUUCCUUUCCAGUUGGGUGAUUUGCCGAAUCUUAUCAUACUGUCCUUGGGUGCCAACAAUUUAGUUGGGGGUAUUCCAUCUUCUUUAGGCAACUUGACGUCAUUGUGGAAGCUCUCGCUUUCUUAUAAUCAUUUGGAGGGAAAUAUCCCUGAUGCUCUGGGCAGGGCCUUAAACUUGAGAAUUCUUUUUCUCGGUGCCAACAACCUGGCUGGUACUCUUCCUCUCUCAUUUCACAAUCUUUCUUCCUUGGAAAUGAUUAACUUGGGUAUGAACAAUUUCUCAAGAAGUCUUGCAGCUGCAUUAGGCAUUCUUUCUCCAAAUCUUCGAUACUUUGCUAUUGGAGGAAACCAUCUAUUUGGAACUAUUCCAAUGUCAAUAUCUAAUAUGUCUAAUCUGGAGAUGUUUGACAUCUCUAUGAAUGGUAUUAGUGGAUCUGUUCCUAACGAUUUGGGAAACCUCAAGAAUCUUCAAGAAUUCAAGAUUGGCGGCAACUACUUUGGAAAUGGGAAAACAGGAGACCUGGAUUUUCUUUCUUCUUUAAGCAAUUGUAGCCUAUUGCAAAUGUUGGAACUAGAGGUGAAUCGAUUAGGUGGCCUGUUGCCAGAAUCCAUAGGCAAUUUAUCAAUCCAACUCAAUAGGCUUUACAUCGGAUGGAAUAAGAUCUCGGGAAAUGUUCCUGAAGGGAUUGGCAAUCUUGUCAGCCUAACUGUUCUAGAUAUGAGGAGAAAUGCUCUCGAGGGCUGCCUUCCAACUUCUAUUGGGAAGCUUCAAAAUCUUGCAAGAUUGUUUCUUAGUUGGAAUAACUUCUCAGGUGAAAUCCCAUCCUUCAUUGGCAACCUCUCUCGAUUGUUUGAUCUUUAUUUAGAUAUUAAUAAUUUUAAAGGAAAAAUUCCACUUGCCCUUAGAAAUUGCAAAAAUAUGCAAAACUUGUUUCUUUCCGAAAAUAAAUUUAGCGGUCAUAUACCAGAUCAAUUAUUUGGUGCUUUUAAAAGUUUAAUUCUAGUUAACAUAUCUUACAACUUGUUGACGGGUCCCCUUCCAUCAGAUUUUGGUAAUCUAAAGUACCUGGUAGGAUUAUUUGUUUAUGAAAAUAAAUUAUCGGGUGAAAUUCCGAAAACACUUGGUGAGUGUUCUGGAUUAACGUCACUUGAUAUGGCUAGAAACUUUUUCCAAGGCAGCAUUCCAUUGUCUUUAGGCUCUUUGAAAUCUUUGGAAACUUUAAAUCUUUCUUGCAAUAACUUGUCUGGCACCAUACCACAUGAACUUGAAAAACUUCCAUUUUUAAGCAGUUUAAACCUUUCCUUUAAUCACUUGGAGGGUGAAGUUCCGAAAAAAGGGGUUUUCAAUAAAUCUAGUGGAUUUUUAGUUGUGGGAAACGAAAAUCUCUGUGGAGGGAUACCUGAAAUAAAACUCCCAAACUGCUUUAAUCAGGAGCCAAGGAAAAAGGGGACUGCUUUGUCAGUCAAAACCAUCAUUGUUAUGAUCCUUGGCAUUCUAAUUGCCUCUAUUUUGGUCGUGCUUCUUUUCGUUCAUUGCUGCAAACAUAGGUCUGGAAAGAAGCUUAUCCCUGUUGCUUUGUUUGGUGAUGGCUACCUGCGGGUAUCCUACAAAGAGCUUCUACUAGCAACUGGUGGUUUUGCAUCUUCCAACUUGAUUGGUGUGGGAAGUUUUGGCUCUGUGUAUAAAGGAGUUCUUCAUCAGCAAGAAAAACCUGUGGCAGUGAAGGUACUAAACCUUCAAAAUCGUGGCGCUGCAAAGAGCUUCAUGGCUGAAUGCAAGGCUUUGAGGAAAGUUCGACAUCGGAAUCUUCUCAAAAUUAUGACUUCCUGCUCAAGCAUUGAUUACCAAGGCAAUGAUUUCAAGGCUUUAGUUUUCGAAUUCAUCCCUAAUGGUAGUUUGGACAGUUGGCUUCAUGAGCAACAUGAGUCAAGGUAUUUGAACUUUGUUCAAAGGUUAGACAUAGCCGUAGAUGUAGCCAAUGCAAUAGAUUACCUUCAUCACAAUUGCGAGGCGGUAAUUGUCCAUUGUGAUCUAAAGCCUUCCAAUGUUCUUCUUGAUGAUGACAUGGUUGCACAUGUCACUGAUUUUGGAUUGGCUAAGCUCUUGUCUAGCGACACAGACACAAUGGGUAAUGAUCAAACAGGCUCCUCAAUGAUGAAAGGAACAAUUGGUUAUGUUCCCCCAGAAUAUGGCAUGAGAGGGGCAGUGUCUCCAGAAGGUGAUAUAUAUAGCUAUGGGAUUCUGCUAUUGGAGAUGAUCACUGGAAGGAGACCAACGGAUGGUAUGUUUCAUGGUGACUUAAGCCUUCACAAUUUCUGUAAGGUAGCACUGCCUGAAAGGUUGAAGGAGAUUCUCGAUUUUCGCCUGCUCAAACAAAUUAGUGAAAACAACGAGAGAUCAAGAAGUCGGCUGAACAUGGAAGGAGAGAUGUUGGAGAGUUUGGUUUCUUUUGCCAAAAUAGGAGUUGCAUGCUCUGCAGAAGUACCUGGUGAAAGAAUGGGAAUCAAAGAUGCUAUUACAGAACUACUUGCAACCAAGGCAAGGUUGCUUCAUACUGGGAUCCAUCGAAGGGACAAGAUAUAGGCAGCAGCAGCUGGUGAACCAGAUUCAAACUUUUACUUGAUGUUUCAUAUCAAUAAUUGAUAUUUGAACUUUGUUUUGCAUGUUUUAAAUCGUUUAAACUAGGAUUGUCUGUAGAAAUUUAUAUUUCUGGUGUGAUCGGUUUUGCCUUUUGACUUCUCCUCAAGCCCUUUGGUCUCUUCCUUUAACUCCUUUCCAUCAUUUGUAAUGGAUAGGAAAUAAAAGUAACCUAAAACUUUGAUUUGGAAUUGAAAGU